AUGUUAGCUGUUGUGGACUCAAACUACAAAUUUAUUUUUAUCGACAUUGGCGCAUACGAUCGGGAUGGUUUUCAGCAAAAGGAUAAAUUGACAAUAAUUGAUGAUAAAUUACAUUCACUUCAACCUCAAGAUGAAGAGAUGACAGCAGCAAAUGUUAUUAGAGAUGAAUUCACAAGCUAUUUUGUGAGCAACAGAGGAUCUCUACAAUUGCAGUUACAGAAGAUUUUCAUCAUUAAAACUGCAUUGCUGACUUACUAUAUUACUCUCCUAGCGUUAAAGCCCAUACGGAAAAAUGUGCGGAGGUUGCUGCGGUGGUUGUUGCGGGGGAUGCUGCUGCCCUACUAUAACGAUAUAUACGUGUUGCACGAAGAUUUGCUAGUGUUGGCAGCGGCACCAGUGCUCCAUCUGUAG